AUGGAGCGGGAGAGCGGCGCCAAGAUCAGCAUUCGCGGAAAGGGCAGUGUCAAGGACGGGAAAACGCGGCCCGCCGACCGUGCUGACGACGCGGAAGAGGACCUCCACUGUCUAGUUACGGCAGACACGCAGGACAAGGUUGCGGCGUGUGUGAAGCUGAUCAACAAGGUCAUCGAAACGGCGGCGUCUACGCCCGAAAGCGAGAACGAGCUAAAGCGCAAGCAGCUGCGCGAGUUGGCAGCGAUAUGCGGGACACUCCGCGACGACGAGAAGCAGAUAGUAUGCCGGAAGUGUGGCGGGGAGGGUCAUCGGCAGUACGACUGUCCGGAAUUCACGCGUAUGGCCGGCAUUGGCGUUGGCGUCGUCUGCCGCGCUUGCGGGGGCGCUGGGCACGUGGUAAGGGAUUGCGCGCAGCGAAAGGGGCUUUCUGACAUGGCGGGCUUUGACGCAGCGUAUGCAGACUUGAUGGUCGAGUUGGGACAAGGCGCCGUGCCGGCCCAGGCCGGUGGAGCGAAGAUUCCGCCCUGGCGUCGUCCUGAGAACUGGCUGACUUCUACUAACAACUCUCAAGCUAGCGGCUAUCGCGCGCAGACGCACUAUGGCAUCAUCCCAGGCGUAUACAACCCGGGGUACAUGUAUGGGUCUAGCGGAUAUUGGCAACAAUAA